AUUUCUAUUCUUUUUCCCCCGAGCGCUGUACCCCGCCUAAUCAUUCCGCAACCCACAUGCUAAUACUGGAGUCUACCAGCAUCCGCCGAGCCUUCUCGCGCGAACGUCUUAAGCUUUAUCUGGAGCUCCACGAUUAACCCCCUACCCGAUCGGGUCAGUAAGGACCAGAUGGAUCAGGAUUCGAGAUCAUCCGAGCCGCGAGAACGUGCCGUCUCCUCCGAGCCUUGCUCAACUCGACCUAACCCUUUUGACGACGGUGACCUUUCCGCCCGAAAACGUCGUAGGACCUCUCUUUCUGGUUCUAGGAGCGCGUCUGUCGAUACUCUUCCCUCUCGGGACGACGCCGUCGCUUCCGACCCGAGCAUCAUGAAAGUCGAUACGCCCGAGCCAAUCCCUCCUAGCACACCAGCUCAUUCAGAGCCUGCCACCGAACCUGUCUCGAGCAAGGUCACUAUCAACUUGCGAAAUGCUGACAGCCUUGAAGAUACACCUUCAUCUCCGUCUUCUCCUACACCCGCACGAUCUCGCAAAGACAGCAUCAAGGUCAGCGUCGAAGAGCCAGAAGUGAACAUGAUAGAAGUGCCUUCAGUCGAGGAUGGCUCUUCUUCCGCGUCCGAGAUGGACAGUCCCGAAGUACCUACUGUAUCCUUCGAGGAAGACUUUGAAUUCUGCAACACUCAACCUAAUAUAACACUUUUGCCGGAAGCAAGAGCUGCAUCAUUCAGUGCUGCCAUGGUCGAGUUUCCAUACCACAGUGAAGGAGAAUCGUAUCAGGAGACAGUUUCUCGCCUCGCUGAAUACUUUCGACAGCAACCGACACAUGUUGACGAAGCCUUGCAACUUUUGAAUGGGUGGUUGAACCGAUAUACAGCAUUUGCGCAUAUCGAGUUUUAUCCCAUAGUAGUAGAAGCAUACCAGGAGAAUAAACAAUUCUGGCAAACUCUUCCAGAACUCUUCUACACAAUAGUUCAUCGGCAUGGUUAUUCGAAAUCAACCCAGACUCGAGAGACUAUCAGUCAGAUGUUCACGCAACUUGCUAAACUCACCGCAUUUCUCCUCACUGUCGAUUGCCGAACAUUAGUAUACGUCAUAAACAAGGAAGAUGCCGAUUUUGAUUUGAUAUCUCCAGGUUUUAUUAAACUAUUUGGAAGCCUCACGAGCAAGGACGACAGCCAACUGGCCAACACAUAUGCUUUGGCGAAUUCGGGAUUUUCAGAAUUGCUUGAUAUCCUUCAAGCCAACAGCGAUGGAUUGCAACUUCAACUAUCCCGCUUUACUGAUCUGCUCCUGAACAAUCUACUCCGAUCCCCUAGGAGAGUGAUGGAUAACCUCACUGGUGUAUCUAUGCUAAUGGACAGUCUCGUACGAGAUAGCUACAGAAAGCAGUCGUACUCCGGGACCUAUUCCGCCGUAGCCCUCGAGCGAGCGAGAAAAAACCUUGCCUAUGGUCUGGAUUUCUUCAGAAUCAUUGCGGAUGCCCUCGAUGUCGUGAUAGAAAAAUCUACCAACAAUUUAAGUUCCGAGACUGUCGUUUCUCUUACCGCCUGUCUAUCACCUAUAUUCAGAUACAGUCUGCUUGGUAGCAAUGCUGAAGCUAAUAAGCUCAUGCAAGACCAUCGCCAACAACACCCUAACCUUCCCGAUCGAUUCACGCCCGAGGCGAUGAAUUUAGAAUGGCGAAUACGCAUAUUCUGUAAGCUGGUGAGGUCACGUCAGAUGCAGCUCAGAGUUACGGCAGCUACACAGCUCUGUGACGAUCUAGUUCUCCAGUGGAGAACAUACGCCGACCGUCAGGAGAUAGGAGAUGAAAAUCCCUACCUGACAUAUCUCCGGUAUUUGUCUAGCUAUCUUGUCGAAACCGGGAUUGUUGAUUACCUCCUGGGGCCGACGUGUCACCCAGAGAUCACGCAAGCGAGCUUUAACAUUGUUGGAUUCUUGGCCGUUACCAAGACUUACAUAUCCGCACAGACGGAUCUCCUCUGGCAGACGUUGACGUCUACGCAGGAUCCCCGAAUCUCCGAUGCCAUAGUUCGUAUGAUGUCUAAGGUUGUCGGUUUGUUAGAUUCGGAAUCGCUCUGCUAUAUAUGUGAGAAAUUCCAUGGCCUACCGGUCGAGGCUUUCUCUUCUUGCAUGCGGGAUUUCUUUGAAAAUGUCACGAAGCAACUUCAGGAAAAGAUGCUUUACCAUCUUCCUAUUACGCCGUACAAAACCUGUAUUCGAUUACUUCAAGAGUCUUCUGUUUAUGGAUCGCAAGGUUCCGUGGCGUACCCGGAGAUUCACCAAUUUGCCUUGACGAAGUUUGGUGCCCUUCUCCAUCCGGGACCAGACCAUCAAGAACGCCAGACCAUGCGACUGGAUUGCGUGCAUGACAUCGCCGCAAAAACCCGAACAACAUCCGGGAGUCUCGAGGUACUCAAUAUGCUUAUGGACAACCCACCAUCACUACAGGCGAUGAUAGCCGAACACGACUUGACGCGGCUUCUUGUUGACGAACUUGAAUCUACAAUUGCCAAUGCGCAAGCUGUUGGAUUUGCACCUGUUUAUACAAACCCCAUCAGUCAUGCUCGCCGAAGAAUUCUUUCGACUAUCAUAAUAAGCCAUGGCUCUACCAUUGACUCGGAACUUGGUCGACGUCUUUGGGACCUGCUUGUUGGGAAUGGCGCUGCAUGUCAGGAAGAUAGAAAAACAGCCUGGGAUGAUUUAAACAUGGCGCUUCGAAGAGCACGGCUAGACAACCCCUUCCUCGGAGCCUGCCUGAGAGAAUACUUGCCUGAACUACCCCCGUCUUGCUAUUGCGGAGGUUCCCUCGCCUUUGUCCGAGAAGCUAUCAUCCCCCUCGCAAACGAUAUCAAUGGUAUGGUUCUCGACGACGAUGACAGUGUUAGGCUAGCUGGGCUUGAACUACUGUGGCAAAUGAUCUUGACAGCUCCCAAUCAUACUAUUGAAGAGACGGCUAUAUCUACGCUCGUCAAUGACAUAUACGUUGACAGCCAGUCGAUAAUGUCAUACCCCCUUCAUCGCGCAAGAAAAGUUCAUUUUGCUCUCGUACAGCGAUGCUUGCAGCAACUCAAGCGUGCGGCGCAGAAGCUGAAAGAAUUCGGCGACGGGGACUUGGCGAUAGAUGUAGCUAUUAAUGAGCAGCGCCAAGAACAGGAGCUGCAAUUUACAAGGUCCCUACAGGUACUUAUAGCACUUCUCAAGGCGCUGCAGGCCAGACCCCAUUUUGCAGCGCCCGAUUUACGGUCUCUCAUGCUGCAAGCGCCUAGCCCCGUUGACGGUGACUCCGCAGAGUUAAAAUACCAAUCUUUCGAUGGCGAGGAGCAAACCGAUGUUAAAUCCCUGGAUAUUGGAUUAAAGAAUACUGCUGCCUCACUCCUCGCUAGCUUGCGGGAAGCCACCGGCUUUGAUAAUUACCGGCUGUACUAUCGCGGACAGCCCCUAGCGCCGUCAGAGAGUGCUAUCUGCAAGCCUAUCGAAGAACUCGACAUCAGGAACGGUUUGAUACUUGUGAAGAAGGAGUCUGGGAUCGCAACUUCUAAGCGCAUUAAGCCAGGUGCUUCACCGCUCGACAUUGAAAUUCUGAGUCAUUUCAAGGACUUGUGGGAGUAUCUGAGCAUGGAAGAGAAGUUAGCACGAGAGAUCUAUCAUUUUCUAGUAUCCCUUCCGGCUGACGAUUCAAUUCUAACAACCUUCGAGGAUCCUACAACCUCUUAUCGAGAUGUAUUCCCGCUUGGGCAACCUUUCAAAUCGUUGUAUGCACUACAUGCGCUUCGCGAGUAUCUUAGUACCCGGCAGCUCAAGAGCAAUGUUAUGCAGGUUUCUUCACCAGAUGGCGAGAGUCAGGUAAACACCGCAAAUGACCGACAAGAUGCUCUCGUUAGAGCGAUAUCUUUGAUCGUUGCGGCAAUCUGCGAUCCUGAAGUUGUUGAACGAGGAUCAAGUGAGGGUCUGCAGCUCAAGCUAAGCCUUGAACUUGUAGACAACUUUGUUCAGCUUUUGAAAGAAACCCCGAAUGUCGAGACCGGCAUGCAACAACUGAACUUGGACCUCCAGAAACGACUUUCCGCCAUACUCACAAAUGCUGCGUUGGCUCAGACUAAUCAGGUCAGCAUCGAGCUAAUUAACCGUUCGUUCGAGGCCCUCCUCGAGCCUUGUAUAAAGGGUAACGCGUUCUGGGAGGGUUUCCGGGAUGAAACGGGAGUACAAAAAGUGGUCCAACGACUCCUUCUCGACGAUUCGCGCCCUAUUGUUAGGAAGAACGUCGCAAGGCUGAUCACAUACAAGAGCAUUAAUGCUUAUGGAAUAUCCGGCGGACGCUCCCUGCAAUUCGCAGAACUCUUCUGGCCCAUAGUAUCUCAACUCGUGCCCCGAGCCGUUAGGGAGCCGAGUAAGUGCGAAGAGACUUUUUGCCUCUGCUUCCAGUUACUUCAUAAGCUCAAUGCCGAGAACCCCAGCGCCAUUAACCUGCCUGCCUGUCUUAGGCAAUGUGCAGAACUACUAUUAUCAUACACAACUACAGAGGACAUAGCUCAUCCGGACAAGGACGUUGUGGCACACGGCCUUAUCACAAUUCUUAAUAUUGGAAUUACCGAAGCAUCAAUUGAGAAGGAGCUGGUCGAAUUUCCGACCAAUUUUGUUUCCAAAUUGUUCUCUCGGCACUUAUUUCCGCCGGAAGAUGAGGAUGAUGCACUGGUGCCAAAGGUGAUCUUGCACACUCCUUCGCGAAGCAUGUUAUACGAUAUCAUAUUCGCCUUGGUUAAAGAUGAUGUCGCCCAGACUACCCGUCUACUAUACGAUCUGAACCAACUCACGUCUCACCGCAUCGAAGAUGGGCUUGAGAUCUACAAGUAUGAGCUUCCGCAAGCUUUUGAAAGAUCAACUGCUAUUAGGUCAUCUUGCGGUUAUUCUGGAUUGCGAAAUCUUUCUAACACCUGCUACCUGAAUUCUCUCUUUACACAACUCUUUAUGAACGUUGGAUUCCGUCGCUUUAUGCUUGAAAAGAGAGUCAGGAACCCACUUACGCAUCCAUUGCUCCACGAGACCCAGGUCCUAUUUGCAUUCCUGCAAGAUAGUCGCCGACGUUGGGUAGAGCCGUCAGGCUGCGUAGGGCAAAUCACAACCUACGACGAGACUCCUAUUGAUAUCCACAAUCAAAUGGACGUAGAUGAGUUUUAUAGCCUUCUAUUCGAUAGAUGGGAAGCGCAGUUCUCUCUAGAAAGUGACAAGAAGAGCCUUAGGUCGAUCUACGGAGGCGAGUUGGUCCAACAGGUGAAGUCUAAGGAAUGCGAACAUAUCUCCGAGCGCAUUGAACCAUUUUCCGCUAUUCAAUGCGACAUCAAAGGCAAGGCGGGCCUCGAGGAAAGCCUUCAAGCUUAUGUAGACGGCGAGAUUAUGGAAGGAGACAACAAAUACAAGUGCUCGGAAUGCGACCGCCACGUCGAUGCAGUUAAAAGGGCGUGUCUCAAAGAUAUUCCGGACAACUUGAUAUUUCACCUGAAAAGGUUUGAUUUCAACCUGAGGACGCUGACACGAAGUAAGAUCAACGACUACUUCCCAUUCCCUACCAAGGUCGACAUGCAGCCUUAUACUAUCGAGCACCUGAGCGAUCCUUCCCGCAAUUCUGAACCGGACAUGUUCGAAUUGGUGGGUGUGCUUGUGCAUUCCGGAACUGCGGAGUCCGGCCAUUACUACUCGUACAUCCGCGAACGGCCGACGGCAAGCAGCACACCAUCAUGGGUUGAAUUCAACGAUGAAGUAGUCACGUCGUGGGAUCCUGCGCAGAUGGAGAGCGCAUGUUUUGGAGGACCGGAAUACCGACCACAAUUCGAGGCCGGCACCACGUACGAGAAGGUUUACAGUGCGUACAUGUUAUUCUAUCAACGAUCUUCCUCGCUGCAGAAAGAGCAAGAAAUGCUGAGAGCAUCGGGUCAUACCGGUCCACUCCGGGCCGACCUCCCCAAAACCCUCGAGUCCCAGGUCAGUGAUGACAACUGGUCAAUUAUCCAACGACACUGCCUUUAUGAUCCAGCUCAUAUGCCGUUUGUGUAUGAAUUACUUCUUAAUUCUUGGGGUACGAAGUGUUCGAAGGAUCACAGGAAGGAAAAUCUAGCAAUGCAAACCGCACUUGGACAUAUGGAUCAAAUCGCAUCACGAGCCAAGGAUCUUCCAGAUUUUGACCAGCUUAAGGGUUUGCUGAUCAAGGUUUGCCAACGGUGUCCUUUGUGCUGUUUCGCGUUCUUUAAUUAUUUCAAGCACCACAAAGACGCUCUGCGCAUGCUCCUACAGAGAAACACAGACGUGGCUGUCCGCCAGGAUGUCGGAAGGAUCCUGAUAUUCGCUAUCUGUGUCAUAAAGAAUUCUUUCCCAGACGAAUACGGUCCAUUCGACAGUGACGGCGACGUAUUAAUAACCACGGCACGCCAUCAUUCGAAUGUAAUGGAGAUUACCAUUGAUCUGUUCUACCAUAUCUGGGACGCUUUCCACCUGCGUAUCAACUCCUGGACCGAGUGUUUCGGGACCAUGCUCGAAUUUGCCCGAUUGGGACGUUACGAAGCAGUGUUGUUCUUAGACAGAGAUUUCCUGUCUAAAUUGCUAAUGGUGAUUGCAGCGGACCAGGCCCUUGAUCUCCCAAACCAAUAUGCCAGGCUGCUCAAUGCGGUGUCCAGAAGGUCUGCGAGGCCACCUAACUAUGAAAGCAUCAUCGCCCUGAUCGAGGAACUUUUAUCGAACAUCGAGCCGACACUAAGCCAGAAUAACAUCCUGGAAGAGGCUCACGGUCGAUUGUUACUGGCGCUUCAGGGCGAGCCUGUUCCCCUCACUGCCGCCGAGGUAAAUAUCCUGCACAGAGAUUGGGCGAGGGGGCAAGCAAACGUUUUCGUGGAAAAACUAAUCUCUCUGAACCAAAACCCUAUGGCCACCGAUUGUAUAAUCAGCCGCCUAAUAGGGUUUAACCCGGUAAUGGACCAAAAGGUCUAUGCGACAUUACGACUCGAUAUCACUGGUGACCUAACCUCUCAUAUGGUGUCGCCUUAUCUUCGUGUCGCUACAACUUAUUGCCGCGAUAGUUCCAAUGGCGAGAACGUCUUUCGCCUGGUUAAUUUUGUGGCUAGUCAAUGCAAGAACUUGCAAAACGCAGAAGGUCGCGCCUUUUUCGAGUUCCAUCGAGAUGUAUUUGAUGGACCACGUAACACAGGGGAGACGAUGGAAAUGAUCCAUCUGCACGGUCUAGAUAAUAUACCGAAAUGGGCCCCGGGACUAUUGGGAUAUAUAGACCAGGGGGUGAGCGAUGAAGUAGAUAACUUCCUACAAGAGAAGUUGUUUAAGCAUGGACCCUCCCCUGCAUUUGGGGAGAGUAACGGUGGGCUUGAAAAGUCACGGGCGAUGAAUUCAGCUGCUAGGCUUCUGGCAAUCUCUUGCCUGGAGUAUCUACGGGAUACCUAUGUCGUUCGCGCAGCGCAGGCAGCUAGAUACACGGUCGUCCCCCUUGAUCGAAUCAUCAAGAAGUGUGAGCCGUACUUUCACCUUGACGAGGAGAUGGAUGACGGUCUCGAAGUACAGUUCAAUGAACUCUGUCGAGUUGUCCUGGAACCAAUGGACAGGCUUACGGUCGACGAGAUUGAAGAGGAUGGUUCCGAUUGGGAACAAUCGGUCGGUUCUUCGGAACCGAUGGAUAACCUAGCUGAUAUCAGCAUGCAAAUCGACCGUGAUCUAGUAUAAUCGAACCCUCGGGCCACAACGAAGGCACUUCUACAUUAUUGUGUUGAUUGAUGUGUUGAUAUCGAUUAAUUGAGACGGCCAACUAGGUUGAAACGAACGCAACCGAUGGU